CGCUAAGCUUGAUGACUCUCCUAUGUUUCGCAAACAGAUACAGUGCUUGGAAGAAAGUGCUGAAUCCUUGAGGGAGAGAAGUUUAAAGUUUUACAAAGGAUGUCGGAAAUACACUGAAGGGCUUGGGGAGGGAUACGAUGGAGACAUCGCUUUUGCGAGUGCCCUAGAAACUUUCGGUGGAGGGCACAAUGAUCCCAUUAGUGUUGCCUUUGGAGGUCCUGUGAUGACAAAAUUUACCAUUGCACUGAGGGAAAUUGGGACAUAUAAAGAAGUUCUUCGGUCGCAGGUUGAGCACAUGCUAAAUGACCGUUUGCUGCAAUUUGUCAAUUACGAUUUGCUUGAUGUCAAGGAAGCAAGGAAGCGUUUUGAUAAGGCUAGCCUUCUUUAUGACCAGGCUCGUGAUAAAUUUCUGUCGCUGAGGAAAGGCACAAAGAGUGAUAUAGCUACCAUUUUAGAGGAGGAGCUUCAUAAUGCAAGGUCAACAUUUGAGCAAGCACGCUUUAAUUUGGUAACUACCCUUUCUAAUGUUGAAGCAAAAAAGAGAUUUGAAUUCUUGGAAGCAGUUAGUGGUACGAUGGAUGCUCAUCUUCGCUACUUCAAACAGGGGUACGAGCUUUUGCAUCAGAUGGAGCCAUAUAUCAAUCAGGUCUUGACUUACGCUCAACAGUCAAGAGAAAGGUCCAACUAUGAGCAGGCAGCACUUAGUGAAAGGAUGCAAGAGUAUAAGAGGCAGGUUGAUCGGGAAAGCAGGUGGUCUUCAAAUGGUUCUAAUGGAUCUCCUAAUGGAGAUGGCAUACAGGCCAUUGGCAGAAGUUCUCAUAAAAUGAUAGAGGCAGUUAUGCAAUCUGCUGCUAAGGGAAAGGUUCAAACUAUUCGACAAGGCUAUCUUUCAAAGCGCUCCUCAAACAUGAGAGGUGAUUGGAAAAGAAGGUUUUUUGUUCUUGAUAGCAGAGGAAUGUUGUACUACUAUCGCAAUCAAAGUAGCAAACCAUCUGGCUCUGGCAGUCAAGUUUCUGGUCAGAGGAAUAGUUCUGAACUUGGUUCCGGACUGCUGAGCCGGUGGCUUUCUUCUCAUUAUCAUGGUGGGGUACAUGAUGAAAAAUCGGUUGCUCAUCACACUGUGAACUUGUUGACAUCAACAAUAAAAGUUGACGCUGACCAGUCAGAUUUGAGAUUUUGCUUCAGGAUUAUUUCACCAACAAAGAACUACACUUUACAGGCAGAGAGUGCUCUGGAUCAAAUGGAUUGGAUUGAGAAGAUAACAGGGGUUAUUGCUUCAUUACUGAGUUCUCAGGCCCCUGAGAGGUGCAUGAUUGCUAGUCCCAAGGGUAGUGGUCAUCAUCGAUCUGCCAGUGAGAGUAGUUCUUUUGAAAGUUCUGAUUUUGAUCAGGCAGCAGUUGAAGAAUUUACAUCUGAGAGGGUUGCCUGUGCGCAUCACGAACGUGCAUUGAGAAGUUCACAACAGCAACGGCCUGGUGUAAAAUGUGAAAAGCCGAUUGAUAUGUUACGGAGAGUAUGUGGAAAUGAUAAAUGUGUUGAUUGUGGUGCUCCUGAACCAGAUUGGGCAUCCUUAAAUCUUGGAGUUCUUGUCUGCAUAGAAUGUUCUGGUGUUCAUCGAAACCUCGGUGUGCACAUAUCAAAGGUCAGGUCCCUGACACUUGAUGUUAAAGUGUGGGAGCCGUCUGUUAUAAAUUUGUUUCAGUCUUUGGGCAAUACAUUUGCUAACUCAGUCUGGGAGGAAGCAUUGCAAUCAAGAGGUGCCUUUCAGGUUGACAUUGUCCCUACAGGCUUCUACAAGUCUGAUAAACCGCAGCUGCUUUAUACCAGCAAGCCUAGUCAUGUUGACUCCAUUUCAAUAAAAGAGAAGUUCAUUCAUGCGAAGAUUCCCAAAACAUAA